UCCGAACAAAGCCGCGACCACACCAGAUCCCUAUUCGGUUAUUCCCAUUCUUUCUUGGUUGCUUUCCUCUCCUCACGCGAAUCUAAUAGGCAGGAGCUGUUACACACGAAACCAAACAAAGAAGAAGAAUUUUUCGCAGAGAGAGAGAGAAAGAAAUAGAAAUUUGUUAUUGUUAAUUGUUGCUUUUUGGGAGAAUUGAGAGAGAAAGAGGAAGAUGAAGAUCACGUCGUUAUUGGUGUUGAAGUGCAAUCCGGAAGGAUCCGAUCCGAUAAUACUAGCGAACACAACCGAUGUGAGCCAUUUCGGUUACUUCCAAAGGUCUAGCGUCAAGGAGUUUAUAGUGUUUGUGUCUCGAACCGUCGCCAAACGUACCCCUCCCGGUCAGCGCCAGUCCGUCCAGCACGAAGAGUACAAGGUACAUGCUUACAACAGAAAUGGGCUUUGUGCCUUGGCAUUUAUGGAUGAUCACUAUCCAGUUCGAAGUGCUUUUUCGCUUCUCAACCAGGUUCUAGAUGAAUAUCAGAAAAAUUUUGGGGAUUCAUGGAGGACUGUGCAAGCUGAUAGCACUCAACCUUGGCCCUAUUUGAAUGAAGCUUUGACCAAAUUUCAGGACCCUGCAGAGGCAGAUAAAUUAUUGAAAAUUCAGAGGGAGUUGGAUGAAACUAAAAUCAUCCUGCAUAAAACUAUUGACAGUGUGCUUGCAAGAGGUGAGAGGCUGGACAGUUUAGUUGAGAAGAGUUCGGAUCUGAGUGCGGCAUCUCAGAUGUUCUACAAGCAGGCUAAGAAAACCAAUCAAUGUUGUACCAUACUUUAAACUUGUGGUGAAAGCGGCUGUGCUGUGACGGCAUUCACUUGUUCUAGCGUCUGAAGCUGAUGUAUGACAAGAUGGUGACUGUAACUUGUUUAUAUGGUUUUAUCAAUUGAUUGUUUGAGAGAAUUCCGUGGCUUUCUCUUUCUGGUAUGAAGAGGGAAGGGAAACCAAAAUGUUUACAAGAAGAUUUUCCUAUUAUAAAUAUUUUUAUUACUUGUACGACUCUCUUCCGACAUAUAGUAGAUUUCAUUUCUUGGUUUUUCUGGAUGUAUGCAGUCCUUCUGUUAUGAUAAUAGUAUACUUUAUCUUUGGCCUGUUUGCUCAA